UCGUCACAAUUCCCUUUCCUUCUUCACUCUGCGCGAGUUUAUUCGAAUUCAAUAUUAGUAUAUGCUUCCCGCAUCUUCGUCUUAUCCGAGCUAAACAAUCAUCGUUUUCCCCUUCAAAAACACACUCACUCACACACAAUCCAAUACCAAUUCUCCCUCUUUCUCUCUCUCUCUGCAAUGGCACGAACCAAUUAUUCAGUUCUGCCAAACAAUAAUCCACUCUGCACCUUCAAUUCAAGGCCUUCUAACUCCUUCUUCUUCUCCAACAAGUAUACUUCUCUCCACUCCAACUAUUUCCUUUCUUCUUCGAAUCACUUGCAUUUACUCACACACUCAUCAUCCGCCCCUAUCCCGCGCGUUUCCACCGCGCCGGUAGAGCACGCGCCUCCGCCGGACCUUAGUUUCCACCAGGAAAUCGCGAGGUUGAAGAGGCUCAGGGAGUCCUUAUCUGGCUGCCGCACCUUCACCGACAAGCUCAGGGUGAUCGACUCGGAUUCUAGGGUCAAGUCCUUUCUCCAAUCGUGGAGGAUUCACUUUGCAGGGGUGAAUUUGAGUGAUCGUGAAUUGUUUCUGCUUAAAUGUGUGGCGGCGGCGGGGCAGGAGCAUGUGUUGGCUGAGUUUGAGAGCGGAGAGAUUCAAAUGGGGAUGACUUCUCUCAAAAGCGCGCUUUAUGGAUUGGCGGAGAUGAUUGAGAAUUGGGAUGGGAAUGGGAACGGCGGGGUUGGAAGUCAACGUGUGGGCCAAGAAAAGAGAGCGGCGUUGAGGUCUCUGCUGAAGAUGCUUGGUGAAGUCGAGCAGUUCUAUGAUUGUAUUGGUGGAAUAAUCGGAUAUCAGAUUUCAGUGUUAGAGCUGCUUGCUCAAUCUACUCAGGAAGGGCAUACCACCCAUUGGAAUGGCCAAACAGCUAUGUCGUUGAGACGUCAAUUUGUGGAAAUUCAUCCGCCCUCUGUUCUUGAUCUUUCUGAAAACACUGAAUAUGCAUCUCAAGCUGCUUUUUGGGGGAUUGAGGGUUUGCCUGACUUGGGAGAAAUUUAUCCUCUAGGAGGGUCGGCAGAUAGGCUUGGCCUGGUGGACCCUGAAACUGGUGAAUGUCUUCCUGCUGCAAUGCUUCCUUACUGUGGGAGAACUUUGUUGGAAGGCCUUAUAAGAGAUCUUCAGGCUAGAGAGUUCUUGUACUUCAAGUUGUAUAAGAAACAAUGCAUCACUCCUGUUGCAAUUAUGACAAGCUCUGCAAAAAACAACCAUGAACACAUUACUAAUCUUUGUGAAAGGCAUGGAUGGUUUGGACGGGGAAGCUCGAAUUUUCAACUCUUUGAACAGCCACUUGUUCCCACUAUUGCUGCUGAAGAUGGUCAUUGGAUUGUCAAAAGACCUCUUGAGCCCGUAUGUAAACCUGGAGGUCAUGGUGUGAUAUGGAAAUUGGCCCACUAUAAAGGGGUUUUUAAAUGGUUUCGGAGUCAUGCAAGGAAAGGAGUUACUGUUAGACAAAUCAGUAAUGUUGUAGCUGCUACGGAUAUAACUCUAUUGGCUUUGGCUGGAAUUGGUUUGCACCAUGGAAAGAAAUUGGGAUUUGCCUCGUGUAAACGAAAUCCUGGGGCAACAGAAGGCAUCAAUGUCCUAAUUGAGAAGAAGAACUUAGAUGAUAAAUGGGCUUAUGGUUUCUCAUGUAUUGAAUACACGGAGUUCGAAAAAUUUGGAAUCAGUGUCGAUCCCCAUUCUUCCGGAAGUUUACAGGCAGAGUUCCCUGCCAACACAAAUAUACUUUAUGUGGAUUUAGCUUCUGCAGAGCUUAUUGGAUCAAGUACAGACGAGAGAAGUUUGCCGGGGAUGGUGCUUAAUAUUAAAAAAUCAAUCACAUAUAUGGAUCAAUUUGGAAUCAAACACUGUGUCCCCGGAGGCCGUCUGGAAUGUACAAUGCAAAAUAUUGCUGAUCAUUUCACCAACAGAUAUUCUUCUCGAUGUUAUAAAGGUGUUGAAGAUGAUCUUGAUACCUUCAUUGUAUACAAUGAAAGAAGAAAGGUCACAUCUUCUGCUAAGAAGAAAAGGCGCCAUACUGAUAAGUCUCUGCACCAGACUCCAGAUGGUGCACUAUUGGACAUGAUGCGAAAUGCUUAUGAUUUACUUUCUCGGUGUGGGGUAACAAUUCCUGAGGUAGAAGAUAAUGAAAUGUAUGUUAAUUGUGGACCACCAUAUCUUAUCCUUCUUCAUCCUGCUCUUGGGCCCCUUUGGGAAAUCAUCAGUCAAAAGUUUGUGGGUGGUUCAAUAGCCAAGGGUUCUGAGUUGCAAAUUGAGGUUGCUGAGUUUCUAUGGAGAAAUGUUCAGCUUGAUGGAAGUUUGGUCGUUUUAGCUGAAAAUAUUGUGGGCUCAACUAAAACCAAUGAAAUAGGUGAAGCUCUAUUACAAUAUGGAAGGAGGUGUGCUAGGUGCAAGCUAGAGAAUGUAAAAGUCCUGAAUGAUGGAAUAAAUUGGAAUUCAGGAGAUAACUCAUACUGGAAGCAUGAUUUGCAGCGGUUUGAGGCUUUAAAAGUAAUACUGCAUGGAAAUGCUGAAUUCGAAGCAAAGGAUGUUGUAAUACAGGGAAAUUAUACUUUUGAUGUCCCAGAUGGCCACAAAUUGGAGAUUUCCCAAGGAGUUUCAGGUUUAGAUAUUCAGUUGAAGCCUAUUGAGGCAGAGUUGAUGGAGAGUGGAACUUGGUUUUGGAACUACAAAACAAGGGGGAGACGCAUUGAACUGGAAUUGAUAGAGUUAUAAGAUAAUCCUUCCACAUCUUGCAACAUGUGAAUUAUUGUUCACUGAUAAAUGCAAUGGUUUCCUGUGGCUGCUCCACCUUGCUGCUUGGUUGAACACAAGUUGAACCUGUUUGAGAUCCUGUCCUUUUGUAAUAUUGUAUUGACUGAGCAUUUGUAUGAUUAUUAGGGUGAUAGCUCCUGAUGUAAUUUAUAUGUAUAUCUUGUAAAGAACGUUCAACUGGUAUAGUUGUUUUCGUUUCUUCCUGAUCUCCCUCAGAAGAAAUGUAUUCUAGAUCCUUGCUUAUAUGGUUUGUUUGCUAA